AUGAGUAAAGCUGCCCACUACAUACAGCUUCUCGACGAUGCUCGUUGCGACGGAGAUUGGGAAGCCGUCCCAGAGCUUGUGCGCAAAGUUCGAAAGCAUGCGCCGGACCGAAAAUGCUUGACCCUGACCGCCGAGAUCGAAUGCGCCAUCGAGAAGAACGCCCAGAAGCUCUCGCCCGGUGCUGACCGGCCCGCUACCACCGACGGGAAUGCCACCGCAGAAGGCAAGGAGCUCGAGGUCUCGAGCGAAUUACCCCGGCUCCUGUCCGCCAUCGACGCCGAGACGUCUUUCCCCGAGGAUAAGUACCAGGCAAACGUCUGCGUCGGGUGGCUGCAUUGGGUUGUUGGAGAGUACCACUUGGCAGCCGUCCGGUUGCCGAGGGCCUUUGAAUCGGAGCAAAUCUCUGAGGGCCAGGCAUCCGAGUGGACGAGGGUCUGCGCCCUCAAGUCGGCCUACCUGCGCGCCAACGUGCUAGCUCGAGCUGGCAAUCGGCUAGAGGCUCUGCUCGUCUUCAGAGAUGGCCUCCCGUCCUUGUCCAUCGAGUGGACGCACCAAAAGUCCCGCAAGCAGCUGCGUUACUGGUCGGAACUCUUCCUGACGGAGUACUGCAUGAUGUUCAGCAGCUCGCUGGAGAAGGGAGAGACCACGCUGGAUGACCCCAACAGCCUAGCGUGCUACCGCUCGUGGGCGAGGUAUUGGGAGUCUGCCAAGGGUGUCCCCGUUGCUGGGGGUUAUGGUUUCCGCGGAUCUAUCCCUCGGCGCGUCAUAUGGGGUCAGUACCACUCCGCCUUGUCCGCCAUCGUCGAGGAGGACCUGUCUUUCCCGACCGGCUUCAUCGCCGCGCCCUCGUCCAACGACUCGUCGGCGAGGAGCCAGUUGAGGGCAGAGUUGAAGAACGUGGAAAAGAUCCACGAGACGCUUCUUCUUAACGAAACGGAGUUUCCCAACGCCGAGGAAGAAAGGGAGGAGAUUGAAGAAUUCGUCCGCCUGACUUGCCAGAACUGGAGGGUUCUCUGUGGACGGGGAUGGAGGGAUCAGGAUCUUGGUCCAGGCGGCAGAGAAGGACUCAGCCGUGGAGUGUUGGACAUUCUCUACCGUGCGUCCAUGAAGACGUACCACUCCACCUCGAUCCUACGCCAUCUUUUUACCAUCCACGUAGCUGUAGCAGAGUUCGACCUGGCUUUCAAGGCAUUCGACUCGUACUUGGAGCUUGUCAAGAAGGGCAAGGCCCGGGUGCAAAAGUCGGGUCAGCCCGAGCCCAGUCUGGACGACGAGGCUACAGUUCUGGAGACGGUGUCUGCUGCCAUCGCCACUCUGUGCAGGUAUGGUCAUCGCCAGGCCUCGGAAAAGGCGAUUAAAUUGGCAGCCGAGCUCGAGGAAAUUCUCAACAAACUGCCAGCUCAGCCGCAGGUCGAAUCAGGAAACACACUUCGGGAGGACGAAAGUGCCUUCAGUGCAGCCGGCGAGACUGUGGCCCCGAGGAUAAUAGCCCUUGCUUGGCAGGCCAUCGGUCUGGCCAAUGCGCAAUGGGCACGGAUGACUUUUGAUUCAAAAAACAGGGGAGACAUACAUGCCAAGGCUAUCAGGAGCCUCAAAAAGUCGCUAUCUGGCGAUCUCAAGAGGACGGGUGAUGUCAGAGGCAUCUUCGCCCUGGGUGUUUUGCUUGCCGAGCAGAGGGAUCUCACACCAGCGAUAGAGCUUACCAAACAGGCUCUCCUUCUCGGCAAGACGUCCCCCGGCACCCAAAACGAUUUACACAAUGGUUCACACUGGAGAGAGCGGUCGCUUAUUCCGGUAUGGCAUCUAUUGUCGCUGCUCCUGAGUGCACGUCAAGACUUUGUCAUGGCCGCUCGCGCAUGCGAGGGUGCCUUUGAGCAGUUCAAGGAUCCCUCUGUCCUCUUUGGAAGCGAGCAAGUCUUCAGGAGUGAUCAUCUCAACGAGGCCGAGCAAGGGGCGGGCUUGGUAGAUUUGAUGGACGACUUUGAAAAAGAGAGUAUCCUCGAGGUGAAGAUGACGCAACUUGCUUUGGUCGAGCUCCUCGAGGGCCCCAAGAUUGCCGUCAAUGCCAGCUUGGAACUGCUCAGCCUGUUCAACAGACUUUACGGCACCGUCGAGGAGAAGCAGACAUCCCCGCCUAGGACAGAACAGGUCCCCAAAAGCUCGGCAGGCACGAUGCGAAGCAUUAGGGGAAGCAUAUUCGGGAGAGACAAGGAGAGGACCGGGAGGCCCUCCACGAGGCAGCCAUCGACACUCGAGCCCAUAUCCUCGCGCCCCACGACGACUCACAGCAUGGCGCCGACUAUCCAGGUCACCCAGGAAGAUGGCGAAGCGGGAGAUGCCAGCUAUGCCAAGAAGGCGGCGACUGUUUCUGGUAGGAGCCAGUCUCACAGGCGUCAGAGCUUGCGCAAGAGAGACAGUACUCGGGGACGAUCCGCGAGCGUUGGGCCUGCCCCGCACCAACCUACCGUGGUGGACGGGGAGAGCUAUUUUACUCCGGUCAGCGAGGUGGGACCAUCUGCCGAAUUCUUUGCUCCGGCUCCGAAAAGGCCGGGGUCGUCUGCAGGCGCCCCCGUUGCGCUGACACGGACCUUUUCACAAGCCGAGUCGUUUGCGUCAUCCUCGAGGGGCAGGAUGUCUGCGGCAGACUUCUCGGACGUGUCGAGGGGCGCGAUCGAGUUCAGUCCUUUGCUCUUGCCACUGAUUCAGUUCCCCAAGUCGAACGAGCAACGGAGAAGAAGCACGAUUCUUAUUAAGGUUUGGCUGAUGAUUGCGGGAUUCUAUCGCCGCGCGGGACUCUACGACGAUGCUAAAGCCGCCAUCGCCGAGGCCCAGAGACUUCUUCAGGCCUUGGAGGCUGCCGUCGCCAAGGAGGAGACGGUUGCUUUUGGUGAUUCAGGCUGGGCCAACAGCAAGAGUAUUGACGAAUUGUGGGGAGAUAUCUGGGCUGAGAUGGGCAACUUAUCUGUCGCAAGAGAUGUUCCAUAUUCCGCCCGGUCCGAGUUCGAGUCCGCCUUGACGCACUGCCCGGCCCAUCCAGCCGCAACCAUCGGCCUAUCCAACAUUCUUCUCGAUCUGUACAGCGAGAAACUCCCGCCUCCACCGACAAUCCCUGGCUUGCAGUUCAAUGAUCAUAACCUGAUCUUGGGCACCAAAUCGGCGCAGGAUCUCCCAAUUUUCGGCUUGGAGCAGAAGCCAAAGCCGCAGGAGCAGCCGUGUCUCCCCAAGGAGCCGCUUGGUCUGAGGACGACUGGGACGCCAACCAAGACACAGCCUCGGCAGCAGAGGCCUGGAAUCAAAGCCGCGGGCGCCAUCGAGUCGGAUUCGCCUGGUGCAAAGGACACGGAGUCGGAGCUGCAGGCGCCGUACAAGGCACUUUCCCUGCCCAUCGUUGACCGACUGGCGGCGCGAGAUCGGGCUCACGGACUGUUGACGGGCCUGACGAAACUGGGUUCGGCAUGGAACAUGUCGGAGGCGUGGUUCGCGCUCGCGAGGGCGCACGAGGAGAGCGGGCAGGUCGAGAAGGCAAGGGAGGUGCUUUGGUGGUGUGUCGAGUUGGAGGAAAGCAGAGGUGUCAGGGAGUGGAGAUGUCUUGGGAAUGGGGGUUACAUCCUGUAA